AUGACUUCCAGAAAAGUGGAACUGGGGACAAUCUUCCUCAUCCAGACUGUAGUUGGAAUCCUUGGGAAUUCCUUUCUUUUUUGUUGGUAUAGCUUCACUUUAUAUUUUGGAAACAAUGUGAGACCCACAGAUUUAAUUCUCAACCAACUGGCCAUAGCCAAUUUCUUAGUUCUUGUCUUCAAGGGGAUACCUCAGACCAUGUCAGCUUUGGGAGUGAAAGAUUUUCUGGGUAAUACCGGAUGCAAACUUGUCUUUUAUAACCACAGAUUGGCUACAGGAGUUUCGUUCAGUACUAUAUGUCUCCUCAACGGAUUCCAGGCCAUUAAAAUCAACUCCAGUUUGUGCAGGUGGAUGGCUCUCAAGUUUAGAUCCCUCAAGUUCAUUGGGUUGUGUUGCUUUCUCUGCUGGAUCCCACACAUCUUCUUAAGCUCUUGUAAUCUUAUAGUCGUGGGUGGUUCCCUGAGUAGACAAAACCAUAGCGGAAAAAGUAACCGUGGAGGCUGCUCUUGGAUAAUGAACAAGGAAUUUACCUCUUUAGUUACCAUUCUCUAUUUUUCUCCUGAUUUUAUGAGCUUAGGCUUCAUGGUUUGGGCCAAUGGUUCCAUUGUCCUUGCCCUUUACAGACACAAGCAGCGAGUCCAACAUAUUCGUGAACACAGAGUCUCCUCCAGGUCGUCCCAUGAAGUCAGAGCUACAUGCACUGUCAUGAUCCUGGUGGGCUCAUUUUUCACUUUCUAUUCAGUCUACACUGUCAUGACUGUGUGGAUGACUCUAGCGGUGAACCCAGGCCAGUGGUCCGUGAACAGCUUUGUGCUCAUGGCGUCCUGUUUCCCAGCAUUCAGCCCCUUUGUGCUCAUUUUCAGUGACACCCGAAUCUCCUACUGGUGCUUCACCUGCAUGGCAAGGAAAACCCUCUUUGCUAAUCUGGUUGCCAUGGCAUGA